AGGAAAUACCAUCUAAAGCCUGUUUCUGCAGAGGAAGAGAAUUUUCCACUAGCCUAUUCUUUGGUUGUUCAUAAAGAUGCAGUAAUGGUAGAAAGGCUUAUACAUUCACUGUAUAGCCAUCAAAAUAUAUACUGCAUCCAUUAUGACCAAAAAGCAGCAAAAAGCUUCAAAUCUGCCAUGAACAAUCUAGCUAAAUGUUUCCCCAAUAUUUUCAUUGCAUCAAAAUUGGAAACGGUGGAGUAUGCACAUAUUUCAAGGCUGCAGGCAGAUUUCAAUUGUUUGUCUGAUUUGAUGGACUCCUCAGUUCCCUGGAAGUAUGUUAUUAAUUUGUGUGGCCAAGAUUUCCCUCUGAGGUCGAAUUUCCAGUUGGUUGCUGAACUGAAAAAACUCAGUGGGGGAAAUAUGCUGGAAACUAUAAAGCCAAGCAGUAGCAAAAGAGAACGAUUUAUUUAUCACUAUGAACUAAUGAAAGUGCCUUAUGAA